AUGGAUCUCAUCUUCAUUGAUGAAAAGUGUGGUUUUGAUAUUAGAGAUUUGGGUAAGGUUUUGCGGUCUACUGUGUGGAAUGCUUAUGCUCUGCAGAUUAAGGACUUCAUUUCUAAAAUCCCACCUCAUGAGCAUGUGAUGGCUGUUAUACAACAUGGAAAGUAUAAGGAAUGGAAAGGUGAAUAUACUGUUCAAAGUGAUAAGUUUGCAACACGAAUUUUUCUGAAUGAAGAAAUUGAUGAAGUUGAUGAGCUAAGGAGGAGGCUUAUACUGAAGUUUGGACAAGGGAGUGGUUCUACUUCUCAAACAAUACUAUCGUCUCAGAGUGUUUUUCCAUUACAUAAAGAAUUUGUAACUGAAGGUGUGAAGAAACAUGUUGAUGAGAUUAGCGAGAUAGAAAAGGAAAUGUCUUGUGCUGUCGUUGCGACAACUAAGAUUGUGCAAGAAGGGUAUGGUUGGUUUUAUGAUGCCUGUCGUAAGUGUUUCAAGAAGGUGAUGGGUAAAAGUAAAUACUUGCAGAAUGUUGAAAAUGUUUCAGAUGAUAUUAUUCGAUUGCCUGCGACUUCUUUGUUCAAGGUGCAAGUGCGGGUGCAGGAUGAGAGUGGUAGUGUUUCUUUUGUUAUGUUUGAUAGAGAUGUUCAGAAGCUUCUUGGAUCAGCAGCGAAGUUCAAUCUUAAAAAUGACUUUCGUGUUUAUACGGUGAAAAAAACAUGUGAUGAUCUAGUAAUAAUUGCUAAGUUGGUUGGUGGAGAUGGUAAUGGUGAUGAAAAUACUGAUGAGGUUACUCAAGAGGUAGCUGAUGUUAAAGAUGUUAACCUUUCAGAAUCUUCCCAGGUGUCUGCUGAACGAACUUCAAGGGAUGUUGUCUCUGUUACGGCCGACUCUUUAGCCGUUGAAGUUGAAAAGGAUUCUGGAUCAAGUCCCAAUGGAAAGCGGAUGGCUCAAGAUGCUGAUGUUGUCAGCGUUGGUGAGCUAUCCACUAAUGUGAGAAGAACCCAGAAGAAGCUGAUUAAGCUUAACAAUUAG